GAAUGCUGUUAUAAGCUUUAUGUGUCUCUAAAACGCUUCUAGUUAAGUGCAGGAGUGGCAGCCAUGACGAGGUUCCCCGUGUUAGCUUUCCUUCUGUUGGCCGGUGCUGCCAUAGUCAGCGGAGCAAAAAAAUCGAACAACCGAGCUGCUCAGCAAGCAGAACUUUCAGACCAAUGUCCCGAACCUGACGGCUUUUUCCCUGACGCGGAACAAUGUGACAAGUACUACCAGUGCUCAGACGGCCAAAUAACGGAAAAACUAUGCCCUGAUGGUCAGGUAUUCAACGACUACAGCACCGAAUACGAAAAAUGCGAUCUGCCCUUCAAUAUCGACUGCUCAGCGAGACCUAAAUUGCAGGAACCCCAACCCAGCGAGCACUGCCCCAGGAAGCACGGUUACUUCUCUCACGAAGAAAGAAACGUCUGCGAUAAAUUCUACUUCUGCGUGGACGGGAAAUUCAACAUGAUAACGUGCCCGGAUGGUCUGGUCUAUAAUGUGAACGCUGGUAUCUGCUCCUGGCCAGAUGAAGCCAAGCGUGGGGGAUGCACAUCAGAAGAGGUGUUCCAGUUCUCUUGCCCUAAGGUCGACGAGAGCGCGGCCGCGACUCACCCUCGUUACGCCGACCCGGAGGACUGCCAGUUCUUCUACGUUUGCAUCAACGGAGACACACCCAGAAGGAACGGUUGCAAGCUCGGCCAGGUCUUCGACGAUCAGAGCAAGAAGUGUGACUGGGCGAGGAACGUCCCUGAAUGCGCCGACUGGUACAAAGGCCGUCUUACCGAACAACAGCUUGCCGAAUUGGAAAACCCUCCUACUCCUAGACCCAGAGCUACCAAAGUAAGUAAAAGGAAACACCAGAGGCCAAGAGUAGAAGAGUAAUAUAAAUUUAUUUAGAUUUAAUGUAAUUCUUUUUUUUAUUGUUACUUAUUUUUUAAUAAACAAUUGAAAAUAGAAGCCAAAACUUUCUUUAGAAAAGAAGCAAUAAAAUCUGACUA